UAAAGUGUUUCUAAUUUUUUUCCAUUAUAAAUAAUAAUACCUACUUGCUGUUUAGUUAAUGGACAGUAUUUUACCGUGAUUAGUAGAUAUUAGUUAUUUGUGACAAAAUUUUAAAAAAUGAAGUGGUCUGGGAAUAUGAAAGUUCUGCCAAACAAAUGCUCAACUGGCAUAUCGGGUUACAAUGUAUCUCCGGAACAGUUCAAAUUCUACAACGACAAUGGAUUCCUGGUCAUCAAAGGGUUGAUUGAUUUUGAAUCAUUAUACGCUUACAAAAAGCAGUUUGUGGCGAUAUGCAAUGGGACUGUGGAAAGGGGACAACUGUUGACCGUGGUCAGGGAGCCGUCACUACUCGGGAAGGGUCUAAAACCAGAAGAUUAUGUCAAUAAGCUUCACGAUAUCUGCUACGACGACGUAUUCGCGAGAUACGUGGAGGACCCUCGGCUUCUGCACGUGCUGUCACAGUUCGUUGGUGACGAGAUAACAGCCGUGAACAGCAUGCUGAUAAACAAGCCCCCAGGCAGUGAAAGACACCCGCCACAUCAGGAUCUGUACUACUUCCCGUUCCGUCCAGCUGACAAGAUAAUAGCGUCGUGGACAGCCAUCGAUGACGUCACUGUCGAGAACGGGUCCCUGUUCGUGGUACCAGGCUCUCAUAGAGCUAACACAGUGUACCCACAUGGCAAUAUUGGUGCCCAAAAGAAGUUGUACCAUGGGAUAUUGAACGAGGAUACAUUGGCUUCCCCCGACAAGGUAGUCCACCUGGUGAUGGCGCCGGGUGACACAGUGUUCUUCCAUCCUCUAAUAAUACAUGGCUCCGGUCCUAAUGUCACUCAGAACUAUCGCAAGUCUAUGACUUGCCACUUCAUGAAUAGCAACUGCCAAUAUAUCGACGUGAGGGGCACCGUGCAAGAUCUUAUUGUGAAGGAAAUCGAGGAGGAAGGCAAGAGACGAGGCUUCGAAGUUAGUUUCGAGGACCAAUGGAGAUAUAAGAGCAAACAAGUGAAAGGUCAAGUUAAAUCGAACUUGUAAAUACAAUGAAAUCUUGGUAAUAUUACCGAUUUCAUUAUCUGCAAACGUAUAUAUUCAUAUCG